CUCGCCGUCCUCGCUUGCAACUUGCAAGCCUUGCAAGCUGGGCUCGGUGAAGGCGGGAGGCGGCAAAACUAGCGACCCAAACAAGCGGCGGCAACGAGGACGUUUUGGCCUUAACCAUUCUCCAGUGAAUCCAUUUAAAACGCGCCAAUGACAGCGCAUCGUACGCCGCCGCACCGACGAGUCACGAUCGGACAGUUCCUCUAUCGCAACCGCCGCUGGGACUGGCCUUCCUAGGUAGGUGUACAUACGUCCCCGUCAUUUUGGUCUGGCGAAGCGCUCGCGCACUUGGCCUGUCCCCAGCGCCAUCCCUAGCCAGCAUGAGCACCGUAGCCGACAAGGUCCCGUUCGGCGACCUCUGCAAACUCUGCGAGAAGGUCUCCGGCCAGCCUGACAGGGCCAAGAAGCGCCGCUUGCUCUCCGACUACAUCGCGUACUGGCGCGAUUUCCACGCCAGUCUGCACGCCGGCGGGGACGGCGGCGACGACUCCUUUUUCCCAGCGAUGCGACUGCUGUUGCCGCAGUUUGACCGCGAUCGGCCCGCGUACGGCAUCAAGGAGGCCACGCUGGCCAGGCUCUACAUCGACGUGCUCGCGCUGCAGAAGGACAGUCCCGACGCGCAGCGACUGCUGCACUACAAGGCGCCGCAGGUCGUCCGCGCGGGCGCCGCGGACUUUGCCAGCGUCGCGUACCUCGUGCUGAGACACCGGUGCCCGACCAAGGGUUCCCUCAGCCUGGCGGAGGUGAAUGCACUCCUAGACCGAGUCUCUGCGGCGCACGCGCUCGGCGGACCCGAGGGCAGCCGAGCCGUCCGCGACGCGCUCUGCUCGCUGCUCCGGAACACCUCCGCGACGGAGCAGAAGUGGCUGGUGCGGAUGAUCCUCCGCGACCUGCGCACUGGCCUCAGAACGGCGACAGUGCUCUCCUGCUACCACCCAGAUGCUCAGGACCUCUUUGACGUGACCAGCAGCCUUGCCAGGGUGUGCCGGGACCUCAGGGACCCGAACCUGCGCCAGCACGAGGCCCAGGUGGCGCUGUUCAGCCCCGUGCGUCCCAUGCUCGCUGAGCGGGCAGAGCCGCGCACGGUGGAGCGCCGGCUGGCGAGGGAGGCGUUCUUCGCCGAGACCAAGUUUGACGGCGAGAGGCUGCAGGUGCACAAGAAGGGUGGGGAGUUCAGGUACUUUACGCGCGGCAGCCACGACUACAGCGCCGGGUUCGGCAGCUUGACGGACCGUGGCUCGCUCACCCAGUUCAUCUCGAGUGCCUUCCGCAGCCACGUGUCAAACUGCAUCCUCGACGGCGAAGUGGUUGCCUACGACCCUGUCCGCAAGAACUUUGUCUGCAAGGGCUCCAACGUUGACGUGAAGAGCCUCCGCGAAGACUCGUUGCUACAGCCAUGCUUCGUCGCCUUUGACAUCCUCUUCCUCAACGACCGGGUGGUCACAAACUGCCCUCUGGAGGAACGGGCCGCACUCCUCGACAGCACCCUCACGGAAGUGCCAGGCCGGAUUCAGAUCUCACGGAGACGGAAGGGCUCCACGCAAGAGGACGCAGUACGCUUCCUCAACGAGUCCAUCGAACGCCUGGAGGAAGGGGUUGUGUUGAAGAGCGUCUCGUCGGUCUACAAGCCAAACUCCAGGAAGGCCGGAUGGCUGAAGCUGAAGCCCGAAUACGUGGACAGCCUGGUGUCCGACUUGGAUCUUCUGGUCAUCGGAGGGUACUUUGGGGAAGGUCGGCGCGGCGGAGACGUCUCGCACUUUCUUUUGGGGGUAGCGGGCGACGAGCGAGCUGAAGACGGCACUCCCGUCUGCUUUUGGUCGGUCGCCAAGGUGGGUUCGGGCUACAGCGACAGUGAACUGGAGCACCUCCGCUCCAGGCUGACUCCCAAGUGGAAGGUCUACGACCCGAGAAAGCCGCCGGAGCGAGUGGUGCUCGCACCAGGCCACAAGGAGAAGCCCGAUUUGUAUGUGGAGCCCUGUGAGUCGGUAGUGCUCCAAGUCAAGGCGUCGGAGCUGACACGGAGUACCCAGUUCCGCACGGGGAUCACGCUCCGCUUCCCGAGGGUCAGCGCCGUGCGCUACGACAAGCCCUGGCACGAUGCACUCUCGUUUGCAGACCUGACAGAACUUGACAGGGUGGCCGGAGGGAAACUGGCCACGACUGCCCUCAACGAUGACGGAUCGCCGGCCAAGCGGACGCGGCUCUCAACGCCGAUGGUUGCUCCGCAUUUCCGCCCCGCGGACCUCUCGAAGACGGCGACGAAGCUCAACGUCCUCGAUGGGAAAGAGAUAUGCGUCGUGACCGGCUGCGGCAGGCGCAGCAAGCAAGACCUGGAGCGGAUCGUCGUGGAAUCCGGAGGUACCCCGGUUCAAAACCCGAGGGAGGGGACGUUCUGCGUCGUCGCAGAGAAGAUCAACUUCAAGGUUAGCAACCUGGUGCAGAAGAAGCUCUGGGAUGUUGUGAAGGCGGAACGGUUCCUCGCAUGCCUGGAGGCACAGCGUGUGGAUCUCUGGGAGCCGAGGGACCUUCUGGCUAGAAGCGCGGACACGGAGCGACGGCUCAAGGCUGCGUUCGAUGAGUGGGGCGACAGCUACACGGUGCCAGUAACCGCCGAGUCACUUCGCGACCUCUUUGAAACGAUUCCAGCAGACAAGUGUGCCGCUGUGGCUCCAUCCGUCGGGUUCGUGGCCCGGUUCGAGAGGGAGAAUUUCGGUUCUGUCCCGAGUUGGGGGGUGUUCAGGAAUCACCGAUUCUACUUCGAGGGUGCAGGCAGCAGGCUCAACAAGGCGGUGGUGAGGUUGCAAGGCGGUAAGGUGGAAGAAAAGAUUGGUACAGAGGAAGAACGAGAGGCCACCGACGCCCCAGUCGUUCCCGAGAGCGCAACAGCACACCGAGGUCUCCGGGUUGUCGAGCCUUCUUGGAUUGAGGCGUGCAUUGAUGCGGGGCAAGUGGUGUGAAGGUCCUUCCUCAAUGGGUUCUUGCCACUGCCGUGCCAGGUGCAUUUGUUUUUCCAAGCAGCAUGUUUCUUGUGCCGUUUUCGUACCUUUGGAUAUGUGAUGUCACUGCUAUCUUUCACUGCAAUCUUAACAUGCACGUUGUUCCGCACCAAAGCUGCAUCUAGGGCAUGAUUUGGAAGGCAUUCAUUUUUCCUCUGGAUUCGUUACCAAAGUGGUCUCGAGCUCAAUGUACUUGAAUGGCCGUAAAACUCUACAUCGGCAUUUGUACAUCUUUAAAAUGUGCACACUUAUGGACUGCACUGAUUCAGAGCACAAUCCCGCGAGGCAGUUUUAUUUUCAUUUGUACGAAGUAGGGGCUUAAAACUGCCUAAGCUGGAGCACUGCUUUAUUUUAUAUGGCUGGAUAGUUGAAGUUAUCUCUUCCUACCCCUGGGGUACCGCUGGGAGACUCCUUGGUUAAUACGAUCCUUGUUUAAAAUCCUUAACCUUGAAGCAGCAACGCAACAAUUUUUGUACUUUGCGCAAAUACCGUUAAGAACAGAUCUCUGACAAUAAUGACCUAUAAAACACGCGUUCGUUUUUCACCCCAUGCAAUAGAAGUUCCCGAAAAAAAAUUAAAGAAAAACGAGCAGCGUUCAUCCCCUCAACUCGCAGCCAGAACAAGUGGCCACGUGAUCUGGAGGCACUUAUAUGCCGCCAAUGUUGAUCAUAGCCACGCGUUGGGGUUGGCAAGGCACAGGACACGCGCUGAGUUCCAGACAUUGUUAUGGCUUGGCUAUUGUCGUCGUUGCAGCGAUUGGACAAGGGCGACUACCCGAAUGCUUCUCGAGCUAGUAAUUAUCACGAGCCCAAAUCGAGUGCCAACGCAGUGCUCGGGUAUCGUCAUUGGGGUGUGCUGCGAUCCCCACGUUACGUCACCACAUUUUGCAAUGGAGAGAUUGAAUGAAAAUGAUCGCUUUUGUCUUUGAAAUUAGACCGCAACAAAGAAGGUUUUUGGUCAGUGGCGUUGCGUGCGAGUAUCCUCGAGUCCCACUGGUGCCAGUAAGCUCGUAUAAAAUGAAAAACAUUCCAAUUGAAUAUCGUUGCACCGCCCCUUUAAGCAAUCCUAAUCAUUCUUUAGUAUGCGACACACUAGGCCUAAUAUUGGCUGAUUUCAGAGAUGUCUUUUUGCCUAGUUAACCAGUCUCUGACUUAAUUGACUAGCAAAACAAACAUGCUUGUUUUUUUAGCAAGUUUUAAGGAUGGGUUCAGGCUAAUCAAAACGGGUUUUUGGCUCUCUGCGCUUGCUAGACAAUCGCAUAGCGCAUGUUUUAAACCAAUCGUUAGUUUGCAUGGUCACAUAAUAUCUUUUAUAGCGUGAUCAGAAUAUUAUAUAAAAUUCUUCAUGUUUGGUUCAGGUUCUUGUGAAGAACUUUGUACUGUGAACUUUAUUUUAAGUGCCUUGCCUAGACAGGCAUUUGGCAACUGCCCCUUCUAGACGUGAUAAUGCAGUUUGGAAAGGCUUUUACGCUGGGUGAAGUAACCAGUGCUAAAAAACAUGUUCAGGCUUGCCACUGUUAAAGAUUGUUUGCAUCGUCUGUCAUAGCUUCUGUUGUCUGCAAGUUUCAGGGAAUUACUUUUUUUUAAUGGUUGGUACUAGCCAUUAACUUUUCCAAUAUUGCCUUGCAUAAUUUGGGGCCGUGUUCUUGGAUAUGAACUGUUUGCAGUUCUUUUAAACUUGGUAUGUGAAUGCAAGCAUGCCUUUUGAUUUCUGCGUAAUCAAUUGCUUUAUGUUGGUUAUCUUCAAUGAACAGGCAAAUGACAGGCAAACUCACAAAAUACUCGAGUAAACGAGAUAUAUUUUAGUCUGUGAUGUAUUUUCUUUAAUGAUUUAAUGACUUUUAAGCACGCUUUGUGAAAAUGAAAUGUUUUCUUCUUGUAAUGUUUACCAUGCAACCGAUUUCACUGCAUAGUUUUUGUAAUAAAUAAAUGUCUAGAUUCUACUUGGGGGCUACAUGAUUUCUUCCAGUUUAAGCAAAUGUUGUACUUAUGUGUACUCAUAUUGCUAAUAAAUAUGAGAGCUGUGAAUAUA